AUGAUAUCAGAAUUGAAUUCAUUUUUUGACUGUCCAGACAAUUCAGGGAAAUCCAAUAAAAUUUGGUAACCUAUUAUUGAUUUAGAAAUAUAUAAUGUAAUAUAUAUAUAGUAAACGUUAUUAAGAAUGACAUCAUCGUUUUUUAAGAAGACUGCCGCAAAAUCAGUAAAAAAUAGAAACAACUAAAAUUGAUUACAAUCUAAUUAGGAAAUGAACAUUUAUAUCAUAUUAAAGACUAAAAAAUAUCUUAGCUUAAUAUAACAGUAGCUGUAAUGACAACUUAUAGACAUGACUUAUUUGGCAAUAUCAUUAGAAUUUCUCGAAAUGGAAAAUUUGUUGAUUUAUUAUUGGAUGAAUAUAUUGUAUUUAAGAAUAUGAUGGCAUAAAGAUGUUUAUAAACAACAUUUCAUGAUGAAUUUGGAGUAACAAAAAUGAUAGGAAAGGGUAGUUUUGCAAAAGUAUAUUUUGCUACUAAAAAAUCAACAGGAGUUAAUUAUGCUGUAAAAGCAUUCAAUAAAGAAUUCAUGUAAGAUUAAUUCAAAGGUAGAGAAUCAUUAGAAAAUGAAAUCAAAGUUAUGAGAAGAUUAAACUAAGAAAAUCUAGUAAAAUUAUAUGAAACAUAUGAAACAUAAAAUUCAAUCUAUUUUAUAUUAGAUAUAUUAAAAGGAGGUGAAUUAUUAAUCAAAGUCAAGUAAUAACCUUUGAGUGCUCCAAGUUUAUAAAAAUUAAUGUAUAAUUUGAUGAAAGCACUUUGUCAUUUACAUUCUAAAAAAUGUAUGCAUCGAGAUUUGAAACCAGAAAAUUUAUUAUUAAAAGAGAAAGAUAAUGAUACAGAUAUUGUUAUAGCUGAUUUUGGAUUAGCAUGUUUUUUAAAUGAAGAUAUACUUUUUAAAAGAUGUGGAACUCCAGGAUUUGUUGCUCCAGAAAUAUUAUUAUAUAAAGAAGGAGAUCCAUUUUAUGAUGAAAAAUGUGAUGUAUUUAGUGCAGGUGUUAUCUUUUAUGUUCUAUUAACAGGUAGAUAACCAUUCUAAGGAACUGAUUAUAAAAGUAUUCUAAGAGCAAAUAAAAAUUGUGAAGUUAAUUAUGAAAUAAAAUAGAUUUAAUCUGUAAAAUAAAUUAAAAUAAUUAAUAUAGGCACCCAUAUAGUUAGUAGAUUUAUUAAAGAAAAUGUUGUAUCCUGAUCCAAAAAUUAGAGUUUCUUCUGAAGAAUGUUUAAAACAUCCUUAUUUUAAGGAAAUCUUCAAGGAAUAAGAUCUAAUAGAUGUUUAAGAAAAUCUUAGAGAUUAUGAUAAGGAUUUUAUUUAUGGAUUAGGUAAAUAAUAAGGGUAUUAUAUGUUAUUUAAUAAAUAGUCCACCAAGUUAAGUUGGUUCAAUGUAAUUAUAAUAAAGAUAGCCUGCUUUGAAUGGAAGAAUUGACACUAUUGGUUCAUUUUCAAAUGUAUCUAAUAAUGGAUCAGUUACAAGAUUAGAUUAGAAACCAUAAUUAUAAUAAAGUAAAUUUAGUUAAUUUGGAAAUCUAAAUAAAUAAUAACCUUAAUCAGAUUAAAGUAAAUUAAAAAUUGAAUAUAUAGAUUCUCCUGUAAUGAAGAAGAAUUUAUAAUCAGAUUUACGUAAGACAGCUUUGAAAAAUUCAUUUUAAUAACAAAUAAAUCAAUUAAGUAAAGAUGAUGAUUGUGUAAAUGAUGAAGCUGCUCACUUAGAAGAUGCUAUAUCAAAAUUAAACUCUAAGACACCUAAAAUGGGAGGAUUAAAAAAAGCAAAUUCAUAUAAAAUACCAAAAUCAUCAAUGGAAUGA